AUGGAAGAUUGCUUGUUUGAGAUAAAAGGAGCAGGGUAAGAAAUAUAGUAAAAUAAGUUCAUAGUAAACGAUAUAGAAGUAAAUGGGAAAUGAUGCUCAGAGCAAUGAUUAAAAUAUAGUGAUUAAUGAUAAUAAUGAUGAAUUGAUGCCUCUAUUUAAAGUGAAUGUAGAUGGAGUUUAGAGAAUAUUGGAGAUAAUUAGAUCUAAUAUAGGGAAAAUAGAAGAACUAAAAAAGGGGUAUACAAGUGCAACUAGAUCAGAUGCAGAGAAAGGUUGGUAUUAGUGAAUUAAAUAAUAUGAUAAGAUGUAAGCAUGAAAUUGGAUAAGAUAAUAUAAUAAAAUAAUCAGUAAUAAGAGAGGUUGAAAAGAUUAAUGGAAUAAGUGUCUUAGGAUGUUGAAGAGGCUAAGGAGAAAGAGCCAGAUGAACCAGAAACAAGAAUGAAAAUGGAUAUAUGGGCAGCAGUAAAUCUAAAGGUUUAGGCUGUUUUGUAAGAGAGUUAAAAGGCUUAGUUAGAUUUCCAAAAUAGUAUGAGAAACAAAAUAAAAAGACAAGCAGGUUGUUUAGAUUCAAAUCUGAAUGAGGAAUAAAUAGAAGAGUUAUGUGAAGAUCCAAAUGUAUAAAUUAUUUGAUGUAGAAAAUAUAAGAAUUAUUACAAAAGAAAAUCUAUGGGUAAGCCUCGAUUCAAUUAUAAAAUGCAGUACAAGAUAUUUAAGAUAAAUAUUAAGACAUACUUAAAUUAGAGAGAGUAUGAUUACAUUAAUUACAAUUUAAGAGUGUUUAACAGGUAUAUUAACUCUUCGCAGAUAUGGCAAUUUUAGUCAAGAAUCAAGGAGAACUGAUCGAUAAUAUUGAAUAAAAUAUGAUUAAAGCAAAAGACUACGUAAAAAAAGGGGAGGCAUAAUUAAUCAAAGCUAAAAAGGAUCAUUAAGCUGCAAGAAAAGUAAAAAACUUAAUUUGACAAUAGAAAAUGUGUUGUAUUGUCAUGAUUGGUUUGGUGUUGAUCUUGGUUAUAGUUGGUCCAGUAUUAGGGACCUCUUUAUGA